GUCUGAAGAGGAAAAACAAAAACAAAACCAUGAAUAAAACGCAAAAGACAUACUUGUUAAAUAAUCUCUUAUUGUUUUUUAUAAUCAUUUCUUCUUCCUCUUCUUCUUGUUCAGUGAUUCACGGAGUUAAUGAAGCUGUUGGUUAUGGCUACAAACUGAAAUCUGUUUCCGUUGACCCGAACAACAAGUGGUUGACCGCUGGUCUUGCUCUUAUCCGCAACUGCUCUGUUUAUGGACCUGAUAUACAAAAUCUCAAUCUUUUCGUCAGCUCCGAGACAAGCAAUCGUUUGAGAAUCAGGGUUACAGACUCGGCGCAUCAAAGAUGGGAAAUCCCAAAAGAAAUCAUUCCUCGCCAAUCACAAGAUCAUUUCCACCUCAGUUCAUCAGUAAACCACCCAACGCGGAAGCAAAAGGAAACCCACUCGGUGUCGGACCCAACAUCAGACCUCAUUUUCACCCUCCGAAACACCACUCCAUUCGGUUUCUGGUUGACACGUCGCUCCUCCGGCGACACCCUUUUCGACGCAUCUCCGGAUCCAUCGGAUCCAAGCACUUUCUUGGUGUUCAAGGAACAAUACAUUCAACUCUCCUCCGCGCUUCCUGCAAACAGGUCGUCUCUUUACGGACUCGGGGAGCACACAAAGAGAUCGUUCAAGUUACAACGCGAUGAGACGUUGACGUUGUGGAAUGCGGAUUUGGCGAGUGCUAAUCUCGAUGUUAAUGUAAGAUCAGCAUCUGAAGAUGGCAGAGUAGCAGCAGGGACUAGCCAUGGAGUCUUAUUGCUUAAUAGCAAUGGGAUGGACAUAGUCUAUGGAGGAAACAGGAUAACUUACAAGAUUAUUGGAGGUGUUAUAGAUUUGUAUGUUUUUGGUGGACCAUUGCCACACACUGUGAUUCAGCAGUAUACUGAGCUUAUUGGCCGCCCUGCUCCCAUGCCUUAUUGGUCCUUUGGAUUCCAUCAGUGCCGAUAUGGCUACAAAAAUGUUUCUGAUGUUGAGGGUGUGGUUGCUGCCUAUGCAAAAGCCAUGAUCCCUCUCGAAGUUAUGUGGACGGACAUCGAUUACAUGGACAGAUUCAAGGACUUCACUCUUGACCCCAUAAACUUCCCUGAGGACCGGAUGAAGCAAUUUGUUGAUAAGCUUCAUCGGAAUAAUCAGAAAUACGUCGUCAUCGUAGAUCCUGGUGUCGGUGUAAAGAGUACAUACGGAAGCUACAUCAGAGGGAUGGAAGCUGAUGUAUUCAUAAAAAGAGAUGGCAUCCCUUACUUGGGUCAAGUUUGGCCUGGUCCGGUUAACUUCCCAGAUUUUUUAAAGAGAAAAUAA